UAAAAUUUAGCGCUGUUCUUAUUUCCAGCGGUCACUUCAUGGCUUUGACUGCAUCGGAUCCCAGGUGCAGACGGACCGGACUGAGCGCUGCGUGUAGGGCGGCUGUGGGGACCGAAAACAUUCCGACAAAAAGCGCGUUAAAAACGACCAGCAUGCAGCCGAAAGAGGCCGAAUAUACAACAGACGGGUUACCGAAAGCCUUCCUACACAGCCUGCGCACUCUGUUCGAUAUUUUAGACGACGGAAGGCGAGGUUAUGUGCACAUUUCGGAGAUUGAAAGUCGCUGGCAGGGCGCGGAGACGCAGGAUUUACCUGGCGGGGUGCUGGAGAGCUUGAGGCGGGUUGCACCACCGCACGGCUGCCUGACAUUUGAGCGUUUUGUCGCGGGGCUUCGUUAUUCUAUACCGAAUCCCGAAAACGGUAACAAAGCGCACUUUACUAAUCACAAUAAGCCCGGACAUCUUCAUUCUAACAGCUUUAAACAGCAACAACAAGACACACACGCUAAAGUGCGUCCACUCGGACCGAGCAAUGGGACUAAUGUUCAUCAGAACCGAGCGGCUGCUUCACAGAACCGAGCGGGUGCUUCACAGAACCGAGCUUGGCAGAAAGAACGGGCAAAUUCUGUGUUUACUUUGGGUAAACCAUCAUCAAGCGAUUCAUUAUCGUACCCUGCUGUGCCCAGCGUACAGCCAUACAGGAGGAACGGCAGGAGUCAAGAGCGCGUGCAUGUUGUCCCCGAGCGCGCGCUUUAUCGAUCCGAGUCAUUUCGUACUGGCAAAGUAACACAACCGCUGAAUCGAGUCCUUUCAGUCGAAUCACUUGUACUUGAUUCGUCAAACUUUCAGAAUCCAAGUCAACAAGGUGAAAAUGCCGGUCUCCCAAGGUCGAAGAGCGAGAGCACUACAGGGUUCACGGCCACGAGGCGGCACAGCAGGAACCGAGAGGAGCCGAGGCGACACACCAUUACUAAUGGAGUGGACUAUGGAAUGCUGAAGCAGAUGAAGGAGCUGGAACAGGAGAAGGACUCUUUGCUGGCAGGGCUGGAUGUGGUGGAGAGGGCCAGAGAGUGGUACCAGAGUCAAAUCCACAACAUCAACGAGAGGCAGAGGCUUAUCGGCCAGAGCGGUCACCUCACUGAUUUUCUGACCGAAUCGAAUCGCCUGAAUGUCCUAAUGCCUAAACUAGAGGAAGUGAACCGCUGCCUUAAUGAGCUCAUAUCCUGCUCUGGAAUGUCAUUUCCGUCUCCGAGCACACAGUCCUCGUCCAUCUCCCAGAGUAUCCAGCCUGUCCCAGCUCCCCCACAGGCCAUCCAGAGACUAAAGGACCAGAACCACCUUCUCACACAGGAGGUGACUGAGAAGAGCGAACGCAUCACACAGCUGGAGCAGGAAAAGUCGGCCCUGAUUAAACAGCUGUUUGAAGCCAGAGCUCGCAGCGCUCACAACAGUACCCUCGACUCGACCUUCAUAUGAGCAGAACCUAGUAAAGCACAAUCACAUCAGACCACGAGCACAUCUACUCAGCCCAGGGACUGCAAAGACAACACUCCACACCCACUCUAUAAGCUUCUCCAUGGUUUAACAGGGUGCUAAUAUGUUAUAUUUUAAAUGUGACUAUUUUACUCCAUAUGUGUGACACUCUCGAAUGUGUUUGAGGAGGAAACUUUACAAGCACAGGAUUCACUCCAGCUUCAUUAAAGA